AUGGAGAAGGAUGAGAUGGGUGAGGGUUUAGACUUGGGGCUGGUCAAACAAGAACCAUCUGAUGAAUUUGGUGAGGACAGUAGCUUGGAAGACACUGAACAAAUGUCAGAGCCAAACAGCACAGACUCAGAAUCAUCUGAAGAUGAAACAUCUCACGAAGAAACUUCACUUGAUGAUAGUGAAAUAAAUAGUUAUACGUCUGAAAAACCCGAGCAUUCUUCCCACAUAUCACAGAGCGUAUUUCCUAUGUUUGAAAGUGAUCAAAAACUACGUCCUACUCAUGAACACUAUCAGUCAAAUCAUGGGGAAACUCCACUGGAACAUUCACACAUUUCUGGGAUAUCUCUUGAUCACGCAUCUGGUUCUGCUAAUUCUAAUCACCAGAGAAAUCAAGCAGGAGACACAUCAAAAGCGUCUAGUGUUUGUGCUUCCACGGCCAGUGUAGAAAAAUAUAUAAAUAUACAUAAAAUGUUGCAUGCAGGGGGUAG